AUGAUUUACAAGAUUUUUUUUUUCGCCCUCGCGGUGGUCUUCCUCCACUGCGUCCAACAUGUGGCGUCCUACCUACCCGGAAUGAACCCAACGGUUUACAAGAAGAGCGACAAGGUGGUCAUCAGCGUGAAGAAUCUCUCCAGCCGGCGAGCGGUGACGAGCCUGGACUACUUCACCUUCCCACUGUGCUCCUCCGACAACGCAAGCAUAUCGAGUGAAGAGGCGCCAAACAUUUUCAAAAUACUCUCCGGGGACACCCUCCACACCACCUCCAUACAUACCACCUUCCUCAACGACGCCACCUGUGUUUUCUAUUGUAGAAUCUACAUUGACGAUAGCGCUUAUGCGAAGUACAAGCACCUCAUUCUGUACAACUACAAUAUGAUUUACUCGGUAGACAAUGUGGAAAUAUUUCGCGAGGACCCUCGAAGGAAGGGCUUUUACUACUCGGGCAUCCCCGUCGGCUACAUCCAGGACAAGAACUACCUGCUUUACACCUACUUCCAAAUCAGCAUCCUGUACAACAAUAAUGGGGGCCAGUCUGACCAGAACUACAUCGUGGGGUUCGAGGUGGAGCCCAAGAGCGUGGACUUCGAGCAGAACGACCGGUGCGAACAGAACUCUGCACCCAUGACGAUGGAAAAAAACAAAUACGUGACAUUCAAAUAUGACAUCAAGUACGUGCAAAGUGAAAACUCAUUUCAACACAGAUCCGAACACUACUACAGAAACCUCAAUGACCAAAGUAUGAUCCACUGGUUUUCAAUUAUAAAUAGCAUUAUCCUGUUCAUCCUGUUGUGGUUCCUCAUAAGUUCGAUUCUAAUUAAAGCAUUACACAAGGACAUUAACAAGUACAACAGACUAAGUACAAAUAUAUUUGAAACUGACGACAUGGAUGACCGUGGGUGGAAGUUAGUCCAUGGAGAUGUGUUCAGAAAACCUAUUAACUCUACCUUCUUUUCAGCUUUUGUCGGGGUGGGAAUACAAAUAAUAUUCAUGCUACUUGUUUGUGCUUUGAUUCUACUCAUUGGUGUGUAUAAAUACAAGCACAGGUAUCGGUACAUACAAAUAAUGUUUUUCAUUUGGACCUUCAUUAGUAGCAUUUCAGGAUAUUCCUCAUCACGUUUAUAUAAAUUAUUCAAAAGUAAACAUGUAAAAUUAACCAUCUUCAGGACCUCUUUAAUUUACCCUGUUAUUGUAUUUAUUUUUUUUUUCCUCAUUAAUCUUGUCCUACAUUAUGAACACUCCAACACAGCCAUCUCUUUCUCUUCUUUAACAUUCGUUUGCUUCCUGUGGUUCGGCAUUUCCAUACCACUCAUUUGUUUGGGGUCCUACAUUGGAAAUAAGAAGAGCCCCAUAGAGCUACCUGUGCGUGUCAAUAAUAUCCCGAGACACAUCCCGAGGCAGCCCCUCCUCAACUCCUUCUUCGUCUCCUCCUUCCUCGUGGGCCUCAUCCUCUUCGCGACCAUGUACACGGAGCUGUUCUUCCUCUUCACGUCCCUCUGGAAAAGCAACAUGUACUACCUCUUUGGUUUCCUCUUUUUGGUGAUUUUCCUGCUCGGGUUGCUGAGCGCGCAGCUGUCCAUCGCCCUGACGUACUACUCCCUCUCCUGCGAGGACUACAACUGGUGGUGGAAAUCGUUCGUGGCCCCAGGAUCAUCAGGACUGUUCUUAUUCCUUUACUCGGUCUAUUACUUCUUCUUCAAGCUAAGCAUCUCUAGCUUUGCGGAAACUUUUAUUUACUUUGCCUACUCCUUUAUCAUGUCCUACACGUGCUUCAUUUACACGGGCACUGCGGGCUUCCUGGCCUCCUUCGUGUUCCUCAGGAAAAUAUACUCCUCGAUUAAGGUCGACUGA